AUGUCAUCUAGAACUGGUCUUCCCCCACUUUCUUCGACAGGCGUCUUCUCAGUUUCAUCUUCAUGUCUUAUAAACGCCCCUCGCGAAGUAGUGUGGGAAGUAUUGAUGGACUGGGAGUCAUACAAGGAAUGGAACCCGUUCGUGCGAGACCAGCGCAUCACAGAUGCGCGGAAGAAUCACCUGCCCGACGAGAUUCCACGUGAAGGGUGUUACCUCCAUAUCCACCCGGUGCACAUUCCUCCAUCAUUUGACAACAAGUGGUUUCCAAGUUCCGCGUUCGAGCGGAUUACUACGUUGGACCAUGAAAACUAUCGUACGGCAUGGGCGAAUAUUGAAAUGCCACAUUGGUUGCUUAAUGCGGAACGGUGGCAGGCGCUCGUAGAAGUUGAGGGAGGCAAAACACGUUAUGAGACGAUUGAGGUGUUUGGUGGGAUCCUCGCGUAUUUGGUGAGGGCCUUCGUCGGGAAUGGAUUGAAGAAGGGAUUUACAGCCAUGGCUGAAGGGCUUAAAAGCAGAGCAGAAGAAAGGGCGCAACACUAGUACUAGAUUCGAAAUAAAUAUAGGUUUCGCCGGAUGCGAAACAUGGUUAGGGUAACGAUGUCGGCUCCUACCAGGGCAAGGUGUCCCUCUAGGCUCCUACUACAUAGACCAGCUUAGCGGCAGCCUAAGCGGCUCAUAAUUGGACGGAUCCGCUAUCGGACAAAUGAAUCAAAAUGAAAUUGAGGUUGACUAAUCCGAGACAGGUUGAACCG